CAACUUAAUCACGGCUGUCUUGGACGUGAUCAAUGGUUCUCCGCGAAGCGUUUGGAGCAUAGAUAAAAUCCAAGACGAGAAAAGGCGACAUAUAUGGGCUACUCAGGUCAUGAAUAAAUUGGUUGAGCAUAGUAAUUUAUACAAGAAAGUCGUACAAAUUUCUGGAGGAGAUCCAGAAGAUAAAGAUAAAUUUGGAGAUGUUCCCGAUCGUACCGAAUUGCAUCUGGAGGAGCCAAGUGGAAGUACAAGUCAUACAGAGAAGAAAGACAAUACGGAAGCUAAGAAUGACAAUUUGGAAGAUAAGAAGGACAAAGAUAAAAAAUCGGAAGAUAAGAAGACACCAAUAUUAAUUGCAGCAAAGAUGGGAGUGAGUGAAAUGGUGGAAACAAUCCUAAAAAAAUUUCCAGUGGCUAUUUACGACGUGGACUCAGAAAACAAGAAUGUUGCACUGUUGGCAGUCGAGAACAGGCAACCCCAUGUUUACAGUUUACUAAUGGACAGUAAGAAACAAAUCACAAGAUUGUUACGUGGGGUGGACAACAAUGGUAACAAUGCAUUGCAUCUUGCUGCUAAAUGUGGAAGACAUCGGCCAUGGCUUACUCCUGGUGCCGCACUACAAAUGCAGUGGGAACUCAAGUGGUACACGUUUGUCAAAAAUUCCAUGCCACCUCGUUCCUCUGUUCGCUACAACAAAAAAGGUCAGAUGCCACAGGAGGUCUUCACAACUUCACACAAACGUCUUCGAAAAGAAGGCAGUGAUUGGCUCGUCAAAACCUCCGAAUCAUGCUCUGUGGUUGCUGCGCUCAUUGCAACAGUUGCCUUCGCAACAUCAGCAUCUGUACCGGGCGGACUCGAUGAUAAAACUGGUUCACCGGUUUUCAAAGACAAGCCGGCAUUCAAUGCCUUCACCAUCUCAUCACUGCUUGCUCUCUGCUUGUCAGUAACUGCCCUGGUCUUCUUUCUAACCAUUAUUACGUCUCGAUACGAAGCGCAAGAUUUUUCCAUCAGCUUGCCCCGGAAACUUUUGCUGGGUUUAACAUCACUCUUCGCAUCCAUAGCUGCCGUGUUAGUCUCAUUCUGUACUGGCCAUAUUUUUCUCCUUGAUCGACACCUCAGAUAUGUGGCAUAUCCAUUAUAUGCAGCGACUUGCUUACCGGUUACCAUUUUUGCUCUUGCCCAGUUGUCCCUCUACUAUGAUCUCAUAAGGGUCAUCUUCAAAAAGGUUCCACAGCGCAGCUACAGGGAAUAUAGACACUAAUUAAGUGGGACUCGAUCAUCUAUUUGGCGCUAUAAAUAAAUUGUGUGUUUUCGUGUGUGUGGUUUUUUUUUUUUUUUUUU